AUGUCAGAGAACAGGCGGUACCUCAAAGGUCUCAAAGACAAGCCACACCAUGUCACCAUCGCCCUUGAGGACUGGCUUGCUGCCAGACGCGGCAAGGUCAAGUCCUUGGCGCACCUCUACGGUGUUUCCGAUGAAGAGGUGCGUAGGGAGAUUCGGCGUGGCAACGUGGAGAACAGGACGUUUCGCAUCCGGCACGUCGUCCCGCUCUUUGCGUCGAGGGAGGAACUGCUCUGCACGGAAAAUCUGCGGCGCAUGGCGAAGGAGCGCAACCUCGACUUGAAGGCUCUCCAGCGUUCCAAACGCACAGUCGCACAUGCGUACGACGCAGGCGUAAGGAGCGUGCCUCCUGCUCUGCCACUAGACAUUGGCGGUGCGCUUGCACAGGUGCUCACCACACGCGUGACGACGUGCUUCGGCCUUCACCUUAUCGUCACCGCUCAAAACGAAGACGCUGAGCAGCAGAGCGCGCCGUCGCUGCUGAUGGAUGUGGCGGUGCGCGCGCACCUGGAGCGGUUGCCACUGCCCGUCUUACACCGCCUUAUUUCGGACCUGUGCGAGGUCCGUGCGGCAUGGAAGCGAGACCUUCUUGCGCCCAGUGCUGCAGCUGCUGUCCAGGAGCAGGCGCUGCUAGGCAGAGAGUCUAUCAAUGCGCUUCUCUACCACGUUUGCCUCUGGCAGCGCCGGUACCCUCUCGAGCUCUUGUCUGCUGUGCUCUCUUUCUACGAUGAGCACAAGCACCUUUUCUCUCCUGCUACCUCAGAGAGAUGCUCAGCAUCGGUUCAACUUGAAUCUCUGCUGGAGGAAGUGCAGUGUCUGCAGUAUCCAGACCUAAGCGACGUGCCGGGGCUAAUCCGCUGCGACGUCUUCAUGACGUACCCCCAUAUGCCGCUGGGGGAGCAGCGGCAGCUGAUGCACACGAUCGCCGCGGCCGUGGUUCACCGCAAGGCCGCUGGAGGCCUGCAACGCCAAAGCAGCUGCAUGGGAACCGAGGAGAAGUACGUCACCGACAACUUGUUGCGACACUCUCGCACUCCUCCUGACCCACGGCUGCUUCUUCGCUCCUUCGUGGUGGACGGUGCUGCAGCCAUACCUGAGCGUUUCUGCACUGACAUGCCAACGCAGACGUACCACGAGAUGCGAGCUGCCUUUGAGCGCCACAAGCACGACGGUGUCCGUCGCUUGGCCGCACAGGACUAUGGCCAAGCGGUCACCGAACUUACCCCACCACCACCACCUCCUCCUCCCCAGCCGGCAGCAUCGUCGGUACCGUCGUCGUAG